AUGGAAAGGAAAGUCUCCAUAAAAUUAGCACAACGGAUGUUGCAGCCGUGGAACCUUUUUCUUCUUAUCCUACUUCAAUUCUUAAUACAAUUCUUAACAUCUGUUUACCUUUAUACUUAUGUGGCUCGUGUGGAAACAGAUGUAUAUGCUAUGCGAAAUCAAGACAUUUUAGAGCCAGAGAGAUUGAUACGUCGAAAACGAAAUAGUGCUUUGCCAGUAACAGAAGAUAAUAAAGUUUCAGAUAUUUCAAGAAUGUGGGACGAGAAGGAUAUGUUGAAAGAGUCUAAGAAAGUUACUUCAUCUCCCGUAGCAAUGUCUGGCUUACCAUCUUCUCCAAUUACUCCAAUGGGGCAUGAUUGGGUGUGGUUGAAUGCAGACACUCGUGUCCAGGUUGAUGCCAUUGAAAACUUUUGUCGGUCUUCAAUGAAAUAUUGCCCGCCAGGAUUACCAGGAGCACCAGGGAGCCCAGGAGCUCCUGGAGAACCAGGUCUUCCGGGGUUACGAGGAAUGACUGGUCAAAAGGGACCACCUGGUUUAACUGGUCCUCCCGGACCUCGUGGACCAAAAGGCGAUGUAGGACCUCCUGGUAUUGAUGGUAGAGACGGAGUUCCAGGUGAACCUGGUCUUGAUGGAAUUCCUGGACGCAGUGGUUUAGAUGGAUUUCCAGGAAUAAAUGGUAAACCAGGGCUGAAUGGAUCUCCUGGGCGACCCGGACGAAAUGGCACAGAUGGAAGGCCAGGUCAGAUAGGACCGCAGGGACUACCUGGACUGCGUGGAGAAAUGGGUCCUCCUGGUACACCAGGCUUAUCAGGUCAAGAUGGCAGACCAGGGAUAACAGCCUGGAAAGUGAACAUGAAUGACUAUAAUGUAAAUGAUUUAUUAAUUCCUCCUUCUAUUUUAGAAGCAACCAUGAAUUCUACAAGAUCAAUUUCAGUUUACGAAGGGACCAACGUACGAUUGAAAUGUGCUUCGAGUGGAAAGCCUCAGCCUGUUGUACAGUGGUUUAGAACUGAUGGUAGUGUCAUACCUAUAGGAUCUUGGCACGUGACUUCUGUUAUUGGAUAUACAUUUAAUAUCAGUGUAGUGAAUAGAGAACACAUGGGAGAAUAUACGUGUGUUGCUGACAAUGGAGUUCCUCCACGUGCAGUGAAAAGAUUUGCACUUCAAGUUAAAUUUCCGCCUUUCAUUCGAAUACGCAACCAAAUAAUUCAUAUACGCAGUCAAAGUACUCCAACUCUAGAAUGUGAGGUCGAGGCAUAUCCAGAACCUGUUCUUUACUGGGAACGCGAAGACGGUCGUCGCCUCAAAAUGUCUGAUAAAUAUAGAAUGGAAGUUUACGAUAGAAGGGAUACUUAUAAGCUUAAAAUGCGUUUAAAAAUUGUAAGAAUAACUUUGGCGGAGCAUGGUACCUACCAUUGUGUUGCCAAAAACGAUAUCGAUACCACCAAAGGCUCGUUAAUAGUUAACGACGACGUAAAAAAUACAGAAAGAUUAAAAAGUGGAAAACAUGUUACUUACGGAGAUCCCGCACCGCAACACGUCGAUUUAGAGGAACUUUGUGCACCACGUGAAACUUGUGCUGCUUGUCCAGUCCUAAGGUGUACCUUCACAGACGUUGCUGAGUACUUGAAUGUUCAGCCACUCAGGAACGUCAAUUUCACUGGGCUUCCACCACGGUUAGCAGAUGGUGUAAUAGAAGCUUCGGGAAAACCUGUUCUAAAAGGUACAAUGGAUGAUCAUUAUGGAAGUUGGAUGCAUGAUGCAUCUUCGAGAUCGGAUGGGUUUUCCGAUAAACUUUGGGUCACUCGAAAAAAUGACACUUCUUUCAUUUUUGAGUAUAAGUCGAAAGAUCAUUUUAAAAACGGUAGUUCACAUCCUAUUGCAUUACCUUAUCCAUUUCAGGGGAAUGGACAUAUAGUAUACAAUAGAUCAUUCUAUUAUAAUCCCAUAAAUCGAUCUUCCAUUUUUCGUUUCAAUCUCCAUUCUGUUUCUGAUCAUGUGUGCGAUAAUGAGUUUACACGAUGCGAAUUGCAUCUUCCUGGAUUACUAGUGAAUACAAGAAACUAUUUGUACACGCCGGAUCAUAAUUUUAAUUACGUCGAUUUUAAUGUCGAUGAAAAUGGCUUAUGGAUAAUAUAUGGAUUACCAUCAAAUAAUACAGUAGUGGUGAAAAUGGAUGCAAACAACAUGAACAUUCAAUAUGCAUGGAAUAUUAGUAUCGAUCAUCAUAAGUUUGGGGAAAUGUUUAUUGCUGGAGGAGUACUUUAUGCUGUGCACAGUGUGACUGAAGAAACAAUGAAAAUAAGAUUGGCUUUCGACCUUUAUAAAAAUGUUACAAUACCUGUUCAUUUAUCAUUCACAAAUCCCUUUCAUAAAACUACAUCAGUUAGCUACAAUCAUAAGACUAAGGAACUGUACACAUGGAAUAAAGGAAAUCAGUUGGCUUACCCUAUCAAAUACCAAGGAUUUACAAAUGUUACAGCAAAAGAAGAACUCAGGGGUAUAGAAACUGGAAUGUGAAGUCUGUAUCAAUUCACUAUUGAAAUUUUCACAGAAUAUAUUGUAUAUAUCCUUUAAAUUUUCAUUAA